GGCAACGGCUUUGGAUUCUCUGCGGCGCCAACCGCAUAUGGGCACGGCGAGAUGGACCAAGACAUACCCAUUGAAGACUGCUGGGCGCCCAAGCGGGGCCGAUUCGGCGUUGCGGGCUGGAACCGGUGCGGUUUCUAAGUGUCGUCAACGCCUUCUUCGAGCGGGCUUGGUGACUCGCGUGUGGACUGUUCAAGAGUUUGCCUUGGCGAGACGAGAGCAAGUGUGGUGCUGUAUGCGUCGCUCCCUCUCGUCCCCACGGCUAGUCCACGAGUUAAUGUAUCUCGUCCGGUAUAUUUCGGAGGAGAAAGAAUCGCCGGAUACUGGACUCCCAGAGAUCGUUUCGCUUCCCCGAUUUGGCGCAGAGGGCCAGUUCGAUACCUUGCUCAAGACCUGUUCCGUCGUAAAGGAACUCAUGACGAAGAAGGAGGCACUGCCGUUGAGGCUGGCCCUGUACAAUCUCGAUUAUCAAGAGAGUACAGAUCCACGUGAUUAUAACUACGCCCUGCGCGAACUGCUGAUCCCAGUUGAAAAACCGCCUUCACGCCAGGCUAUUCAAUCACGGUUGACGAGCUCCUUGUCAAGGCACCAAGUCCCCUGCUCUUUGUUUGAAGACUGGAACCUUCACCUUUAUGCCAGCUACGAGUUGCUGCGCUCACCCGGCAUGCCGUCAUGGGCUUUUAACUUCGCGAAACACUCGUCGUCGGCUGCAGAAGAACACCAUGCCGCCCUUUGGAACAGAUCAUCGCCGUGCCCGGCCGGGCUGGCCCACUUCUCCGGCCGCCCGCACUGAAUAGCGGCACCCUGAGAAUAUCUUGCCUCAUCCUUGACACGCUAGACAACAUUAUUUCCCUGGGUAUUCCCAGCUCCGACACAGACAAGUUGGCGCUCUCAUAGAGAGCUUACGUCCUUCUCUAGCACCGCCAGCCGUCGGAAGUGCUGGCCGAGGUGGCUAUAAUGUGGAUUCCAGGGACGUGUCUGCUUCCUCUCUCUGAGCCCGAGAGCGGGUCGGGCACCGUCAGUCCUCUAUUCUGGACAAUAACUUACCAGAUUUCAAGAUUCAACUAGUUUCGCCAGGUGGCCAUGCCGUACGGGCGAUCGCUGCCACGUUGCCCCAUCCUACUUCCUCAGUUUCGGCUCGGGUUUCUCACUUUUCUUGAGGUGUGGAGUUUCUUGAUUCCAGCAGACGGCGAC